AUGAGUUGGGAUAAGAAAUAUGAUACUCUUCAAGUGAGUACAGGUUGCAUUAAAGAGCUUAACAUUGAGAAAGUAACGAAGAGAACCAUCCUGUCAGCUGCACAUAGACUUUUUGACCCCUUGGGUAUGAUCUGUCCUGUAAUGUUGAUCCCAAAAUUGCUUUUUCAGAGCAUUUGGAAGUUGAAACUGAAUUGGGAUGAUGAUGUUGAUGAAAACAUCAGAAGAGAAUUUUUGAAAUGGAUUGAAGGUGUACUGUACAUUGAGAAAAUUAAUAUUCCAAGGUAUUUUGGACUAAGUGGAGCCAAGAAGUCUUCCAUUCAUUUCUUUUGCGAUGCAAGUAAAUUGGCCUAUGCUGUGGUUGUUUACAUUAGAGUGGAGUCUGAGAAUAAUGUACGAGUUCAAUUACUACAGGCGAGAAGUAGAGUAGCCCCUACAGGAAAAGGAGAAAUUACCAUAGCACGACUUGAACUUCUGGCAGCAACCAUUGCAUCUCGUAAAGUUUCCUCGCACACUUUUCGACGUUCUCGGAAAGUUGCUGACAUUGGAUAA